CUGCGAAGAAUAUACUUCUAUUCUGUUUAGUGUCACUUUUAUUAUUUCAAAUUUUCUUCUUAUGGGGUGAUAUGGAGUUGAUACUAGGUGAUAUCCGAGAGGAUGAAUUGGAUCUUGUCUUUGCAUACGAACAAGAGUUGGAGGUUGACUUUCCUACGUCCGAACAUAUCUAUCCUAGAAUUCCUCACGUUGUUCACCAAACGUGGAAGGAUAUACACGUACCGUCUGAAUUUCAUGCCAAUGUGCGUUCAUUUGUUGAACUUCAUCCGGACUUCGACUACUUCUUCUGGACAGACGCAUCCGCUAGAAUUCUAAUCAGAGCCAGGCAUCCUAAUUUGCUGGCAUUAUUUGACAACAUUGUCGAGCCGGUAAGAAGAGCGGACCUCCUGAGGUACGUGGUGCUUUAUGAGUAUGGGGGAGUGUACGCGGAUAUUGACACUCAAUGUCUCCGUCCACUUCACCGAGUCCUGAACAAGUACGCAUGUGUGCUGUCACCAGAGCCGUAUGAGCAUGCGUCACUUAUUUUCAAUACCGAGUUUAUGGUAACAAAUUCGAUCAUGUUCUGUCGCGCAAACCAUCCUUUCUUCAAGCAAGUGUUAGAAAACAUAGCUGACUUUAACCAUUUCAGCCAAGACAUUGAUGCCACUGGGCCAAACUUUUUGACGUUUCAGUUGAACGUGUUUGAUAAAAAUGGUGGUAAAGUUUUAACGAAUAAACAUGCAAAAUCUCAAUUAGAAGUGAAACAUGGCUCACGUAAGAAAGGAAAAGUCUCGAACAAACUCGAACCAGAUGAUGACGACUUUAUUUUCAUUCCGUCAAGUCAGUAUUUCCAAAAUGACCUCGACCCAGUGAGGUUCGACCAAUUUCGACGAUUGUGUGCCAACUUCAUAAACCUUAACAACAUCCAAAAGAGAGGGUGCGUGACUCUGAAAGAUCGGGGAAUGAAAUAUAGACAGUCAAAAUACGCAUAUACAAAACAUUUUUUCUACCAUACAGGGUAUAAGAUUAUUCCUGAAGGAAAAACCAGUAUCAGUGAGCUUGUACCUAGCGUAAAAAUAUAUAAAGGCUGAUAGUCUCGAAUGACUUGGUGGACAGUAGGUGUUAUGUGUUAGAUAUAAAUAAAAUAAUAAUGAUUGCUUGAAAGAUG